AGGAGGUGUCGCUCAGCAUUGCAUUCUAUAAGCCGGCAGAAUGGCGCACGUCCUCGUUAUCGGCGCCGGUGUUAUUGGUUUGCAAACCGCGAACGAUUUGCUCGACAAUGGUUACAAGGUCACUGUCCUGGCAAGGCAUUGGCCUGGGAAUGAGAGCAUCGAGUACACAUCGCCAUGGGCUGGAGCUAUAUGGCAUACGCAAGCUUUACCUGAUCAAAUAGAAGUUUGCGAUUGGCAGAGGCAGAGCUACAAAUACUGGAUGGAUAUCCUGGAGAACGAAGCUGAAGAAUCGGAGAAGAUGGGUAUUCAGCGUGUACCUAUCGUGAAAUACUCGGUCGACGAGAGGAAUGAUCCUGCAUCGCCGCGGUUGUGGUUUUGCGACCUUGUACAGGACUUCGCCCUCAUACCCACGUCCGAUCUCCCGCCAGAGGGUCCAAAGAGCGGCAACUCGUUUACAACCGUCCUAAUCAACCCAACAAGAUACCUCACCUACCUUCUCACCCGAGCAAAGUCUCUCGGCGCAGAGAUGAUCACCGCAACACUUCCUGAGUCAGCCUCCAUCUCAAACACCAUCUCCGCAGCUCUCAGCCAUCUCGACAGAAAGAACGCCGAAGUCGUGAUCAAUUGCACCGGUCUCGGCGCGUCCAAGCUUUGCGAUGAAGCCGUGUUUCCCAUACGCGGCCAGACUCUCCUCGUGCGCAUCACGCCGCCCCCACCAACAUCCCGCAUCACAAUCUGGGACAGCGACCCCGUAACAUACAUCCUCCCACGCCGAAUCACGCCCUUUUCCGCCGGGCCUUCAGAUGCGACCUACUUCAUCGGGGGAACCAACGACACUGGCAAUUGGGACCCCGAGCCCACGCCUGUGAUAUCGCAAGGUAUACUAGAACGAGUGAAGAAGGUCAUGGUAGGUUGGACGGGUGAGGAUGCGCAGAUUGAGGUGUUAAGAGAGCAAGUGGGGUUGAGGCCGGGGAGAAAGGGUGGACCAAGGGUGGAGCUUGAGGAUGUGGAUGUCGGAGGGAAGAAGGUCAAGGUUCUGCAUCAGUAUGGACAUGCGGGGGCGGGGUAUCAGAAUUCGAUUGGGAGUGCGAGAAAGGCGCUGAGACUUGUGGAACAAGCUCUGGGUUGAGUCCUUUGAGUGUAUGUGGGCUAAGAAGAGGUAUGGAUCUGACUUGCGGGAGAUCCUUUGAUUCUUGGGUAUAGUUGUGUUGCCACCAAUUUCUCGAAUCAUCUCCCGAUAAAUGAGACUCCUUCCAGGAGCGGAGAUUUCCUUUAGUGAACUGCGCG